GAACAGACAAAAUACAAACUCAUCUGUCCUCUCUAAACCUCAGAAGUGCUCUGAAUCUUUGACUCUGAUAUUUCCUAUUCUCUUUUCCUUGAAUCUCUGCUUCCACAGAUCCCAGUGAAGCUCCGCCUCUUCCUAUUGGUGGAUAAACACUGAGUAUCAUCAGAGAGACGUCUGCCUGGACAUGGAUCCACUGCUGCUGCUGAUGGUGCUGCUGUGGAGCUCAGGAGUCCAGGCUGAAGAAAAACAUGACUCAACAGAGUUUGCCAGGCUGGUGAGAGGAGCCAGUCGCUGUGCAGGAACACUUGAGAUAAAACAUCUGGGAGAGUGGAGACCCGUAGACAUGUCUGACUGGACAUUAAAGACAUCAGCUGUUUUCUGUGAACAUCUGGACUGUGGCUCUGCUGUUUCUGUAGAAGAGAGAAAAGAGUCUGCAGGCAGAUCUGUGUGGAUGAUCAAUUCUGACUGUGCUCAGUCUGGAGCUGCUCUGGGAGAGUGUGUAAUAUCAGGAUCCUCCUCCUCUAUAGUGGAUUUCACUUGCUCAGGUGACUCAAUGAUUGGUAGUAAUGUACCUGGUUGA